AAGGAAAGGGUGACGGAUGCAGGAGGAGCCGAGGAAGGCCCCGAGAGAGAUUGGGAGAACAGUGUGUCCUUAAGAAGACUAUCUUUCAAGAAAUACAGUCACUGGGGGAUGAUACUAGAGUCACAAUGGAGGUUCCCCCAGCAGCCAAGUUUGGUGAGACCUUUGUGUUUGAGGACGGCUUAGAGAUGCAGCAAGAAUUCUUCCCAGAGGAGGACCUGGGGGACCCUUUUCUUCAGGAAAGAGGUUUAGAGCAAAUGGCUGUUAUUUAUAAGGAGAUCCCUCUCGGGGAGCAAGACGAGGAACAUGAUGAUUAUGAGGGCAAUUUCAGUCUGUGCUCAAGUCCUGUUCAGCAUCAGAGUACCCCCCCAGUAAACAGAUCCCAGGAUGAUGAAAUUUUCAACCCAACCUUCUUCCAGAAAUCAGACCUUAGUAUGUGUCCGAUAAUCCACAGUGGAGAGGAACCCAAUAAACACAGUUGUGAGAAGGCAAGCAGGGCACACUCAGGACCUAACGAACCUCACAGAACUGCGCCACCUGCAAAACCCUAUGCGUGUCGGGAAUGCGGGAAGGCCUUCAGCCAGAGCUCACACCUUCUCCGGCACCUGGUGAUUCACACUGGGGAGAAGCCCUAUGAGUGCUGUGAGUGCGGGAAGGCCUUCAGCCAGAGUUCACACCUUCUCAGACAUCAGAUAAUUCACACUGGGGAGAAGCCCUACGAAUGUCGGGAAUGCGGAAAGGCCUUUCGCCAGAGCUCAGCCCUCACGCAACACCAGAAAACCCACACUGGGAAGAGACCGUAUGAGUGUAGGGAAUGCGGGAAAGAUUUCAGCCGGAGCUCAAGUCUCAGAAAACAUGAGAGAAUCCACACAGGAGAGAAACCUUAUCAGUGUAAGGAAUGUGGGAAAUCCUUCAACCAGAGCUCCGGCCUGAGCCAGCAUCGGAAAAUCCACACCUUGAAGAAGCCUCACGAAUGCGCUCUCUGUGGGAAAGCCUUUUGUCACAGGUCCCACCUCAUUCGGCACCAGAGGAUUCACACUGGGAAGAAACCUUACAAAUGUGAAGAGUGUGGGAAGGCCUUCAGCCAGAGCUCCAACCUCAUUGAACAUCGCAAGACCCACACCGGCGAAAAACCCUACAAAUGCCAUAAGUGUGGGAAAGCCUUCAGCCAGAGCUCCUCCCUCAUCGAGCACCAGCGCAUCCACACUGGGGAGAAGCCCUAUGAGUGCGGCCAGUGUGGGAAGGCCUUCUGCCACAGCUCUGCCCUGAUUCAGCACCAGAGAAUCCACACUGGGAAGAAACCCUACGCGUGCAAUGAGUGUGGCAAAGCCUUCCGGCACAGGUCAGCCCUUAUUGAGCACUAUAAAACCCACACCAGAGAGAAGCCCUAUGAGUGUAACAAAUGUGGCAAGUCCUUCAGGGGAAGCUCACAUCUUAUUCGGCAUCAGAAAAUCCAUGCUGGGGAGAAGCUCUAGAAGGAGGAGCUCACACCAAAGCCUGAAACCCUUUCCCAGAUGGAACCCACACCCCAUCGCCGUGUCUGUAAGACCCCACCCACCUCCCUGAUCCCAGGGCCGAAUGGAAACAUGCCAUCCCCAGAGCUUCUGGCCACCCACACUGGCAGCCAGGCCCCCUCGUUCCCCCCACCCAGGCGCCCCACACACAGCAGGUUUACUGAGUGGGAGGGAAGGUGGAGUAAUGGGAAGGCCGCUGAAUCAGAGGCACACCCAAAAAGAGACCUGGCCUCUGAUUUGACUCCCAAGCCUGUGAGAUUGAGUUUUGCCAUCUCUUCACCUUUGUUAAAAUCCAGAAGAAUAAACACCAGAGGGAGAAAGUUGAGUUAAAUGCACAAA